GACUACUGUUGGAUAUUUGUCUGUUGACCUAAAAGACUUGUAUAUGUGCAGGCAACAAAAACUGCUCAGCUUUUCAUUGCAUUAAGUCUGGUUCAAUUUGCAAGACUGAGUUCUUAGAUAAUCUUGUGCUUCCUUUAUCUUGAUUUAUUAUUCAAACUUCCCAGGCAAGAUGUUGGCAUGUUUGAAAGUGAAGAGACAUGAAGAUAAUCAGAAGUUUUUCACAAAAAAUGGAGGGGCUUUAUUAGAGGAGCUUAUUGCCUUCUGUAAUGGCAGAUCUAAUCCUAUCCGUCAUUUCUCUACAAACGAGCUUCUGAGAGCAACUAACUACUACGAUGCACGCCAGAUUAUUGUGCACGAUGCUGGUUAUCGAUUGUAUAAAGGCUCUCUAAAGGACCGUCCAAUUUUUGUAAAGAAGUAUGACAACUGCCGUCUUUGGGGUGAUUUAGCACCCAAAGAUAUUGCCAUUGGAUCACAAAUGAGUGUUCACAAGAAUGUUUUAAAGGUUAUAGGAUGCUGCUUGGAGACCGAAUUACCAAUUACAGUAUAUGAAUUUGCUGGCACAAAAAUCCUCUCCACAUGUAUCUCUGCUACUAAUGAUGAGCCACUACCAUGGAAAUGCAGGUUGAAAAUAGCAAUAGGUAUAGCAAGUGCAGUUGCAUAUCUCCACACUGCAUUUUCUAGACCAGUUAUCCAUCGAGAUAUCAAAUGCUCAAGUAUCAUACUGGAUCAGAACAAUGUUCCCAAACUCAUUGAUUUUGGCUUAUGUAUAUCUAUUCCUGAAGGAGAAUCACAUGUAGAGGCGGAUGUUAUUGUAGGGAGAAUGGGGUAUCUUGCACCUGAAUAUGGUGGUAGAGGUUAUUUAACAGAGAAGGCUGAUGUUUAUCAGUUUGGAAUUCUUCUAUUUGAGCUUUUAAGUGGACAGAAGGCAGCUUACUUUAUGAUGAAGCAUGAUAUAACGGAUAUUGGGAAGCUUUGUUUUGGAAAGCUCAGUAAUUUUAUUGAUAGUAGAAUAAAAAAUGAAAGAAUUGAUCAGGUGCAGCUGCUGGAUUUUGCAACACUUAGCCGUAGAUGCAUCUCUUAUGAAGAAGAAGAGAGGCCAACAAUGAUUGAGGUUGCCAAAGAACUCAGGCGAAUUGAUCAGCGUUUUCCAUCACCUUCCUAAGCUAUUCCCAUUUGGUUGAAAGAAUCUUGGAAGCUGUAGUUGUAUUUGUAGUCAUGGCUCUCUAGACUCAAAGCAGAUUUAUGAAACUCAGCCUGCCAGUAAGAUUCUGUUGUUUUAAGAAAGUGAGUGGGUUGCUCCACUGGGGAAUGUAAAUUAAGUCAAACAAAUGUAUGGUUGUGAUUUUAGGAUUUUAAGUAUCAAAAUUCAUUAGUUUACAAAUUCUUCAAAAUCUGUUUGAAUAGAGACACAAAUUUCAACUGGAGCAACUAGAGAAACCUUCAUGGUAAUAAAAUUUUAGAUUCCUUUGUUGGAAUUCUUAUUUGAUUGAA